AUGCACCCCGAGCCCGCGGAGCCCGCGGCGGACCCGGCGGCGCAGCUGGGCUGCGAGCAUGAGCCCGGCGUGGAGGAGUCCGCGGGUGACCACGGGAACGCGGACCAGGGGGGCCGCAAGGAAGAAAUUAAUGAUCCUAAGGAAAUGUGUGUGGGUCCUUCUGACACCUCCUACCAAAGCCAGAAGGAACAGAGUGGAGAUAGUGGAUCAGAUGGUCACUUAGCACACCCAAGAGACGACAGGGAAGAGCGGGGCACCAGAAUGACUAAAAAUGUUCUGCAAAAACUCUGCAAGCAGCACAAGCUGUAUGUGACCCCGGCGUUGAAUGAUACGCUGUAUCUGCACUAUAAAGGCUUCGAUCGCAUCGAGAACUUGGAGGAGUACACGGGGCUGCGCUGUCUGUGGUUGGAGUGCAAUGGGAUACAGAAGAUUGAGAACCUGGAGGCCCAGACCGAACUGCGGUGCCUCUUCUUGCAAGUGAACUUGCUUCAUAAGAUUGAGAACCUGGAACCUCUGCAGAAACUGGAUGCCCUUAACCUCAGCAACAAUUACAUCAAGACCAUUGAAAACCUCUCCUGCCUCCCCGUGCUGAACACGCUGCAGAUGGCCCACAAUCACCUGGAGACGGUGGGCGACAUCCAGCAUCUGAAGGAGUGCCUGAGCCUCUGUGUCCUUGACCUUUCCCACAACAAGCUGAGCGAUCCCCAGAUCCUGAGCGUUCUGGAGAGCAUGCCCGACCUGCGUGUACUGAAUUUGAUGGGAAACCCGGUUAUUAGGCAAAUUCCUAAUUAUCGAAGGACAGUCACUAUUCGGCUAAAACACUUAACGUACCUGGAUGAUAGACCGGUUUUUCCAAAGGACAGGGCUUGUGCGGAGGCCUGGGCUAGGGGAGGGUACGCGGCUGAGAGGGAGGAGAGACAGCAGUGGGACAGCAGAGAGCAGAAGAAGAUCGCGGACAGCAUCGCAGCCUUGGCGCUGAUCAAGCAGCGGGCAGAGGAGAGAAGGCGGCGGGGGAGCCGAGAGGGAGGGGCGAUGCCACCGCCAAACGACGGGGAGGAUGAGUGUGGCAGCAUGGACAGCAAGGAAGAGCCCCCCGGGGAGGGAGAGACGAGGCGGAAAAUGGAGCUGUUUGCUAAGGAAAGCUUCGAGGCCAAGGACGAGCUGUUCCCAGACAUGCCCCGCGGAGAAGAGGGGCUGCCCCCCGAGGUCAGCGGGGAGACCGAAGAGCAGGAGCCGGAGGGGACCCUCCCAGCCGAGGCCCCGCCACCGCCACUCCUUGCGGCUGUCAGGGAAGAAUCGACUCGCCAGGUUGUGGCCACUGAGGACGUAGAGGUAACUGAACUCGAUGGAGCUGAGACUGAAGAUUCAGAAACCAGGGAACUGGAGACAAAAGAGACGUUCUUCAUUGAUGACCUACCUGACCUGGAAGAUGUUGAUACUGGCGAAUCUUCGGACGAUCGGGAUGAGAAAAUGUGCUUUCCGAAGAUUGAGGCCAUCUCAAGCUUGAGUGACAACAGUGACCCUGAACUAGACUACACGUCACUCCCCGUGCUGGAAAACACGUCCACGGACGCCCUUUCAAAUAUAUUCGCUGUCUCUAAAGACACCUCAAAGGCGGCUCAGGCGCCCUUCACAGACAUAUUUAAAAUAGAGGUAAAGAGGGACGUGGAGACUCAAAGACAAGACACCACGUCCCCGAGACCACUGAUUCAGGAGCUCGGCGAUGAGGACCCCGCAGGCCACGCGCCGACAUCCCCUACCUGCGAAGGAGAUGCUGCCUCGCUCCCUUCCAGUAGAGACGAGGACCCUGGGCUCCUUGAGGCCUCUGCACCAGGUGAGAUCACAGCGGCCGAAGGCUCAGUGUAG